AUGAAUCAAGAGACCUCAGAGCGCUUCUCGUUAAAAUUCCGCCGCCCCUCCAGCAAGCUGCACAAGGAUCCCCCUAGCUUCAGUUCGCGCAUUCUUCGGGGUCAUCAGAGCACCAGCUCCCUGAAACGUCAUCCUUCUGCCCCAGUUUAUCCGCGUUCUUCCCCCACCGGCAGUCGCGAACACGUCCGAUCAAGAUCGAACGCAGCUUACGGAUCCUCAUCCUCUUCACUCGACCACAGUGGCGGUCCCUCGCCCGGCUACGAGGAGGCGACGCAGUUCCCCAGUCACAGUUCUUCGCGCUCUCGCACCCGCUCCCACCGCUUCUCCUAUGACCAACAUAGUUCGGAUGAAUUAAACGGCCCCUACGAAACGCGGGGCAUGCUCAGUGCGCUCGACGAGAAUAGCGCCGAGACCGACCCUCAAACCCAUACGCAGCAAACCCCGCCUCUGCGUUCCCAUCACACCAGCCCCGACCCGCGUGGCCGCCAACCCCUCCGACAGUCCGCCAGCUUCACCACUCUAACGAGCCGCAUGGAUCCUUUCUCCCACCGCGAGACUGAACGGCCUCCUCACUCCAAGAGACUCUCCGACGAUGGCAAUAAUGGCCCGCCCACCCGGAUGGGGAGAAGUAAGAAGGCUAGCUUCUCCAGUUUCGUCAACAGCGUGCUUGGGUCUCCUCGCAACAUCAAAAUCUCAGCACCGGAGAAUCCGGUUCAUGUCACUCACGUCGGCUAUGACAACCAGACCGGUCAAUUCACGGGUCUGCCCAAGGAGUGGCAGCGGCUGCUGCAGGAGAACGGUAUCUCAAAGAAAGAACAGGAAGAGCACCCGCAAACCAUGAUGGACAUCAUGCGAUUCUACGAGAAGAACACUCGAGGAGACGACGAUGAAGUGUGGCACAAAUUCGAUAACGCCUACUCAGCAAACAAUAACGGGCGCGCCCCCUCGCCGCCUGGCAGUCCUCGAUUCCCCCAGAAUCAUGAAAGCAGCUUUGAAAACCCACGGUCCCCACCUCCAGUUCCUCGUGGUCCGUCCGCCGCAUCGCCGCCGGCGCCACCCAUGUCCCCGCCGUUGGGCAGUCUGGUACCACACCGCGCUCCCCCCAAGCCGCCCACCGGCAUAACGCCCGCCCGUCCGCCGCCUCAACCCCCCGUCUCGCAGUCGUAUGCCGUUCCUCCGCAACGACUUGUGCAGGAUCCCUACGGUCCCUCGUUUGUCGCGCCGUCAGUCCCAGAGUCGGAGCCGAUUUCCCAGUCCCCCAAGCGCAGCCCGUCCAGCUCUCGCAAUGGCACCCCUGGCCCCAAGGGACCGAUCGCCUCCCCGACUCAAUACCAGCAGCAUCAGGAACAGGUCAUGGCAGCUGCUCAGCAAGCGAUUGCACAGAAGCAGUUGGAUCGGAGUACCAGCCAACGCCAGCAGACACAACAGCCGCCUCAGCCGCCCGCGCUCGCCCCAAAUCUGGGCGCUUCGCCGACAGACCCUUCCCCAACCACGCGGGCCCCACCAGCAGCUCGGCCUCGCCAGCGCCAGCGCCAGAGCAAUGUGAUGGAUGUCCGGCAGCGCCUGCUGUCCAUCUGCCACCCCGGCGAUCCUACGCAGAUCUACUACAACCUAAACAAGAUCGGCCAGGGUGCUUCUGGUGGUGUCUUCACUGCCUAUGAGAAGGGAAGCAACGGUUGUGUGGCUAUCAAGCAGAUGAACCUGGACCUUCAGCCCAAGAAGGAUCUGAUCAUCAACGAGAUUCUUGUGAUGAAGGAUAGCAAGCACAAGAACAUCGUGAACUUCCUUGAGAGUUUCCUUCAUGGCCUGGAUCUGUGGGUCGUGAUGGAGUACAUGGAAGGCGGUAGCCUCACGGAUGUGGUUACCUUCAACAUCAUGAGUGAAGGACAGAUUGCGGCAGUAUGCCGAGAGACCUUGAACGGUCUGCAACACUUGCACUCGAAGGGUGUCAUUCAUCGUGAUAUCAAAUCCGAUAACAUCCUCUUGUCGCUGGAUGGCAACAUCAAGCUGACCGACUUUGGCUUCUGUGCGCAGAUCAACGACUCGCACCACAAGCGAAACACCAUGGUUGGAACUCCCUACUGGAUGGCGCCCGAGGUAGUUACCCGCAAGGAGUACGGUCGCAAGGUCGACAUCUGGAGUCUGGGUAUCAUGGCCAUUGAGAUGAUCGAGGGCGAGCCGCCGUACCUGACGGAAUCGCCGCUGCGAGCCCUCUACUUGAUCGCCACGAACGGUACCCCAACCAUCAAGGAUGAACACAACCUGUCGCACAUCUUCCGUGACUUCCUUCACCUGGCCCUCAAAGUCGACCCCGAGAAGCGAGCGUCGGCCCACGACCUGUUGAAGCACCCCUUCAUGGCCCAGUGCUCCCCCCUCACUCACCUAGCCCCUCUGGUCAAGGCUGCUCGCCUCAGCCGUGCUCAGGAGAAGGCGCAAAAAGGCGGCGCCUAG